UCCAGGCCUUUUCAGUCUUUGAUAUGUUCAUAUUCACUGUGAUGUCCCAGCACUGGGUAAAGUAUUCACCAUAAGCAGAGUGUAUGAACCCACAAAACCCUUUACAUAGAGCAUCUCUUGGAACUAGUGUUCCCCAAAAUAUGUUCAGGGAAACCCUGGGUCAAGUGUCCAGCAAGUAUUAGGCCUUCUGGGAUUUCAGAAGGGAACUAGAUUGGGAGGCCCCGCAGGCAGUGCUUCCAGCAAUCAGAUUUAGCUUUCUUUUUCUUGGAAGACAGUUUCAUAUUGUGUUGACAGCCCCAAACUUGUUUAAUCUGCACAGGGACCUUGUGGGGGAAGUUCACUGAUCCUCAUUUAAGAACUGCAGCUCAGGGAAGUUGAGUAACUGGUGCUAUGUCACAUAGCUAAAAAGUGGUGUGGCUGGGAUUUGAGCACAUCUCUUCCUGACUCCAAAGCCUGUGUUCUCUCUGCUGCACCAGGCUGCCUCUCCCUCCCUGGCUGGUAGCCUAGCACCUGGCUCCAGGCAGGCACUCAGCCAGGGUUCAUCUUCUCCAGCCUGUUGCCAGAGGCCCGGGCUUGGCUUUGCCUGUUACAACCCAGGGAAAGAAGGGAGGGUUACGCCUACGUGGACUCUUGCAUUUUAGGCAGCUGCGUUACCAUGGAGCAGAGCAGACAAGGGUCAGAGAGCAAGGUUUAAUGGGCCCGUAUGUGCCCCUCUGCAGGCCCUGCAGUUCUGUUUGAAACCACCCUGUGGUCAAAUCGUCCUUCUGCAGGCUGGCAGGGUCCAGCUGCCCACCACCUGGUUGCAAUCCCCACCACUAUAAAGAGCGGGACUUUGGAAUCAGGCUUAGGUAGGCCUUCUGACCUUAGGAGCUUGGGGCCCGUGGGCCCACAGGGCCUGCAUCUCCUCAGCUGUAAAGCAGGCCACGUGACACCAACUCAAGGUUGCUUUGAGAAGUACAUGAGGUGACGUACAGACACACUUAGCACAGGGCCUGGUAUGGAAUUACUGCUCGGUGGACAUUUGCGUCUGCCAAACAUGUCACAAAGGGAAGAGUAGAACGCAAGGGUUCAUUUCCAUCACCAAGGGUGAUACUCGGUCUGAUUGCUGUAUUCAAACGUAAAGGAAUUACUCAGUUUCUCUAGUCACCUUCUCCGCAGACAGCAUUAUUAAUCCCUAGUACAGGAAAAUGUGUACCCGCCGGACUGUGAGCUCAGUGAGAGGCAGGGGUGGAGUAUCUCCGGUACACUGGGAUAGUUCAGUAAAUAGAUGAAUAAAUGAAUGAAUGUCCUCUUGUUUUCUUUUAGGAGCCAGCAGUCAGGGUGUGGUGGGUGGGCCCAGAGAGUGAUUUUCACAUAGUGGUCUUACAGCUAAGAGACUAAGCCGUCUUUCCUCUGUCCCCACCUGCAGUGUCCUCCUUGUAGCCACUGGUUUGUCAGUCCCCAACCAAGUUAACUUCCCUGGCUCCGAAUACGUGGAGGGUUAUGAGUCCGUGUCUGUGGACCCCGAGGACUUUGUGGGUCAGAAUGUGCUGAUCCUGGGCCGUGGGAACUCAGCCUUUGAGACGGCAGAGAACAUCUUGGGUGUCACAAACUUUAUCCACAUGCUGAGCCGCUCCCGCGUCCGGCUGUCCUGGGCCACCCACUACGUUGGAGACCUCAGAGCCAUCAACAAUGGCCUGCUGGACACCUACCAGCUGAAGUCCCUGGACGGGCUGCUCGAGUCUGACCUGACAGAUCUGGCCAUCGUGAAGGACCACGAAGGCAAGUUCCAUGUCACCUUGAAAUUCUUCCUGGAGGAAAACAACACCAACCAAAGUGCUGACUCCAUCACCCUCCCCCAGGACAACAGUGACAACUUUGCCAUGCGCGUGGCCUAUGACAGGGUCAUCCGCUGCCUGGGCUGGAACUUUGACUUCUCCAUUUUCAAUAAGUCCCUCAGACUCAAUUCGGGGAAUCCAUUCGACACGAAGUACCCACUGAUCCGAGCCAGCUAUGAGUCCAAAGGGACCCGGGGUCUUUUUAUCCUGGGUACCGCCAGCCACUCGGUGGACUACAGGAGAUCUGCUGGGGGCUUCAUCCACGGAUUCCGGUACACAGCGCGAGCCGUCCACCGGCUCCUGGAGCAUCGACACCACGGCGCCGCCUGGCCCUCCACCGAGCUCCCCGUCACGCAGCUGACCAGCGCCAUCGUCCGGCGCGUGAACGAGGCUUCCGGGCUCUACCAGAUGUUCAGCGUGCUGGCUGAUGUCGUCCUGUUGAAGGAGAACGCCUCCGCCUUCGAGUACCUGGAGGAGUUCCCCGUGCUGAUGCUGCCGCAGCUGGAGACCCUCACCGGGAGGAAGGCGAGGCACGGGCUCUUCGUCAUCAACAUGGAGUACGGCAAAAAUUUCUCUGGACCCGACAAGGACGUCUUUUUUCACGGCCGGUCUGUGGGGUACACGGAGGACGCCUGGCAGUCCAACUUCCUGCAUCCUGUCAUCUACUACUACAGACAGCUCCCCACCGAACAGGAGGUGAGAUUCCGGCCCGCGCACUGGCCCCUGCCUCGGCCCGCGGCCAUCCACCACAUCCUGGAAGACUUCCUGACAGACUGGACCGCCCCCGUUGGGCACAUUCUACCUCUGAGGCGCUUCCUGGAGAACUGUUUGGACACGGAUUUACGAAGCUUCUAUGCAGAGUCCUGUUUCCUGUUCGCCCUAACGCGCCAGAAGCUGCCACCGUUUUGCCAGCAGGGCUACCUGAGAAGGCAGGGGCUCGCAAGUACCCAGAGCCUUCGGCAGCACGGAGUGGAGAGCAGACUCCUCCGGGACUAUGCUGCCAUGGGCAGGCACCUGGAGGACAGCAGCCAGCGGCCUGGCAACCAUGGGCCAGUAGGUGUCCCCCCGGAUCCAGGGCCUCCAGCUCCAGUCCAGUCCCUUGACAGCAACAAGGAGGAGCUCUGACUGUCCCCUCCCAGGCUGUGGGCACAGGGGCCAGGCUUCCCUACCCAGCCCAUGGUCAGUCCCUGCUCUUUCCUCACAGUCUCACGCUCCCACCGAUGUGCGAUCGCCAAAGACUACCCUGCUCAUCGCGGUGACUGCCCCAUAGCAGCACGGAUGGCACGUAAGGGCUGAGGUGCGGUGAUGCGAUGAUGCGGGGGUUACCUCCCCUCCUCUUCUGGUCCCUGGGUGCCCAGGAGGCGGGGACAGGAGAAGGGCAUCCCCUGCCAGCUGUGAGCUGCCGUCCACGGCCCUGCUUGUCCCCAGCUGCACUGUCACUGAGCACCAGGCUGGCCUCAGUUCUGUCCCUCUCAACUGCCCAGGUGCUCCUUUUCCUUCUACUCCACUCUUCAGACAGGCCUGGAUCCCGCCUGUGGAGUAACUCACAGGUGAAACCCAUCCUCGUCUUCAUUAGGGUUUGUGGCAGGCCUUUAUAACAAGCUCUGAUUCCUCAACAGCCAUAACAGGCAGGUGGGACUGUUGCCCCAGAAUACCGCUGAAGACACCGGCUCGGCCAUGUUGAGUAACUCCGGGUCCCCAGCCAGGAGGCCCCACCUGUGUCACACUUUUGCCUCCACUGCUUCACCUGCCCCCUGACCCCAUUGUCUGCAGGGUUUGGACUUAGGCUGGGCUGGCUUCCCUGGGGUCCAUAGCUAUCUCCCUGGGCCCAGAGCUGUCAUCAGGCAGAGAUAGGACAGCUUCCUGCAAAGCCAUCUUAUCUAAGCUGCUCCCUCCCCCAGCUUCCCCAGCUUGCACCUCCCCUCCUCCCCAGUAAUGUUCAGGCUGCUCCCUUCCCUUCCCCUGGUGGCAUCCUGAACCAUGCCUCCUCCUGACCUACCUAUCAAGUGCUGUCUUUCUGUCAUGAGCACUCCUACAUGCCACAUGCUAGGAGACGAUCAUAAAUGCCUUUGUAUGGUAACCAUGAUGGAUUUCGUUCCUGGCUCCCUUAGCCCUUCCAGCUUCUCCUCAUUGUCCUCUCUCACCAGGAGUCUGCACUCUCCCAUCAGGCGACUUAGUCUCAUUAAAGUGAGUAAGCCAUGGGAAAGCAUUUGUGCGUAAGAU